ACGCGAAAACAGACAGCAAACAAGUUAGUGGUAACGCGUUUGGUUAUGAUGCACGAUACUUUAAUACCAAUUUUGUAUUAGUCCAAAAUUGGUUAUACUACGUGACUUUUUCCGCACCGGAUCAAAAUUCCGGAUAUUUAUGUCGACCACUGUACGCCGAAUUUGUCCUGUAUUCUUGA